GCUGGACCAGAACUCCCAGCAAUCAUUGCUGGAAAGGAAGGAGCACGGUGUGGUGACGUCACCGGCGGCCAGCCAAUCAGCCUCCAGCUUACCCCACAAAGUUGUGUCUUCCCUCUGGGCGCUGCUGGGUGAGGCCAGAGAGAUGCCACGGUGCAUUGUACAAGGAUGCCCGCAUUACUCCGGGAGGAAGAACAGCACCCCGGGGGUCACCUUCCACAUGUUCCCCAAGAACCUGGCCACCAUCAAAAAGUGGCUGCUGCAGAUCAAUCAGAACUUCGGCGACGUCGACGCCUUUGCGCGGGGGGUGCUGGAGGGGAAGGCCGGCGUGAUCCGCAUCUGCUCAGCGCACUUCGCCAUGGGGUGCUACCACUUUGUGGGCUCCCAGAAGAUACUGUUGGAGGAUGCCGUGCCGACCAUGUCUUUGGGUGAGCCGGCUGUUAAGGUAGAGAGCGCCCCCUGUGCGAGGAUAUUCCCGGAGAAGCAGAAGGUGGAGGACGCCUUCCAUCCGACGGUUUUCCCGGAGAAGCAGAAGGUGGAGGACGCCUUCCAUCCGACGGCCAGAGAGAUGCCACGGGGCAUUGUACAAGGAUGCCCGCAUUACUCCGGGAGGAAGAACAGCACCCCGGGGGUCACCUUCCACAUGUUCCCAAAGACCCUGGCCACCAUCAAAAAGUGGCUGCUGCAGAUCAAUCAGAACUUCGGCGACGUCGACGCCUUUGCGCGGGGGGUGCUGGAGGGGAAGGCCGGCGUGAUCCGCAUCUGCUCAGCGCACUUCGCCAUGGGGUGCUACCACUUUGUGGGCUCCCAGAAGAUACUGUUGGAGGAUGCCGUGCCGACCAUGUCUUUGGGUGAGCCGGCUGUUAAGGUAGAGAGCGCCCCCUGUGCGAGGAUAUUCCCGGAGAAGCAGAAGGUGGAGGACGCCUUCCAUCCGACGGUUUUCCCGGAGAAGCAGAAGGUGGAGGACGCCUUCCAUCCGAUGGUUUUCAUGGAGAAGCAGAAGAUGGAGGACGCCUUCCAUCCGAUGGUUUUCACGGAGAAGCAGAAGAUGGAGGACGCCUUCCAUCCGAUGGUUUUCCCGGAGAAGAUGGACAUGAAAGUGGAGAGAGCCGUUCCUCGGAUGAUGUUUAUGGAGGAGGAGAAGACAGCUGUAAAGGUGGAGGCCGUCAGACCUCUGAAACCUCCGGUGAAUAGAGGGACCCAAGCCGCCGGGAGCAUCCCAGACACGGAGAAGUCGGCUGUGAGCACAGACGGUGCCGUCCCUCCACCAUAUUGGGCUAUGAAGUCCCUCCAAAUGCCGAUUCUUCCUCAUCUUCAAGCCAAUAUGGCCAACUCCUCGUGGGCCAACAAUGGCCUCGGUGUAGCAAACGUGAACCCGUGGUCGGCUAACACCUUGGCCAAUGGUGGAGCCAUCGUUGGACAGAAGCCUGAGGUAGACACCGCCGCGGGCCCUAAGGUUGAAGCUGCAGGAGCAGAGAGCCAUGUUCCAGAUGCCCUCAGUGAAAGGGACAGCUUGUCGUCCGCGACGGUCCAGAAGGAAGAAAAAGCGGUGCAAUGGCCAGAGCAGGAGACCAGCGGCCCGGCCUGGAAGGUUCUCCAUGAUCAUUACUACAAAGUACGAAGAGCCAUCGAUCGCUCUGCGCUGAGGAACGGCAUCGAGAGCUGCUACAAAGACAUGGACUCUGAGGGGGAAUUGCUGGCCAUCCUGCAGUAUGUGACCAGCGUCCUGUGGAGGAAUCGGAGGAAGAAAGAGCUGAAGACGGCGCGGAUCUUGAAUCAAACCCUGGAGAUUAUCACACUCAUCACGGGGGAGGAAUGGGUGAUUGUGAAGAAAGACUCCAUCCAUAAGGGAAUCCACGAGCUGACCGGAGAGGUACCGGUGAAGUGCGGCAACGUGGCGGUCUUCUUCACUCUGGAUGAAUGGAGCUACAUGGAGAGGCACCGGCAGAAAUACGCGGAAACGGUGGCAGAUAACGGCCCGGCACAGCGCACCUGGCGGGUCCAGGAACACUGGGAUUCAGAAGAAGAAUACUUCAGUGAGGAGGAGGAGGAGGAAGAGGCUGAAGGCUCUCCAAAGAGGAAAAGCUCGCCGGAAUGGAAGCCAGAGUGCGAUUCCUUGGACUCGGCAGAGGAGGAGGAAGACGACGCCGCGAAUCGUCCCAGAACGGCGGAGAACGGAGUCCGAGGAGAAUGCGAGCCUGAAACCAGCACGCCGGCCCCCGAGGGGGAAGGGGUGCCGCAUGACUGCGACGCUUGCGGGGAACGCCAGACGUCUAAAGAGGACCUGAUACGGCACAAGGCUGUAAGUCACGCCGUCAAACGCUACCCGUGCCCCAUCUGCGGCAUCCAGUACGACUACAAAUCCCAGUUCAUCAUCCACCAGCGGGCCCACACCGGGGAGAAGCCCUUCGUGUGCCAGGAAUGCGGGGCCAGGUUCGGCCACAAGAGCAGCUUCCUCGUCCACGAGAGGCGGCACAAAGAAGGGAAGACCUUCGAGUGCGCCAAGUGCGACCGGCGCUUCGACAAGAGGUGCGAGCUGGUCAAACACGAGAAAACGCACGGCAAGAAGAAACGCCACAAGUGUCACAAAUGCGGCAAGCGGUACUUAAGCCGAUCAGCGCUAAUGAGGCACAAAUGGGCCCAUAAGGACGAAUGAAGGUGACGCCGCGAACAUUACACCG